AUGGCUAUCUCAUUUGGGCUUAAUUCUUCCAAACCACUUCCUUCAAAGAAAUGUGUAACUUACAGAUCAUUGAAAUCUAUAAAUAUUACUAGUUUUAUGAAAGACCUGGGUGAAUCAAAACUAUGCCUGGAUGCUCCUACACAACUUGAUUCCUUGGUAAGCUGCUAUAAUAAUACAUUAUCUUCUGUUCUGGAUCGCCACGCUCCGCUGAAGAGGAGAAUUGUUACCUCUAGGGCUAUGGUGCCAUGGUAUGACGAGGAAAUCAAACUUGCAAAGAAGGAAAGAAGGAAAGCGGAGCGGAAAUGGCGGACUACAAAAACGACGGCAGAUUUUAAUAAAUUUAAAUCAUUGAAAAACCAUUGUACUCAAUUAAUGAGGAAAGCAAAAUGCUCCUUUUUCUCUGAUUUUGUCAAAGAAAACAGCAAUAACCAAGGGACUCUAUUCAAAGCUAUCAAAGGAAUGCUGGUUGAAAAAAAUGCAAUAAGUUUCCCCGGACGUAAUGAAACAGCUCUCGUUAACGAACUUGGCAAAUAUUUUGUUCAGAAAAUCUCUAAUAUCCACUCUGAGAUAAACAACGAGAUUUCUUCAAAUAAUGAUGGUCACGUAGAUCCUCCAAGUGAUGACAAUGAGGAGUAUCCGGGUGAUGUGUCGCAUUUUGAUGCGUUCGAGCCCUUGUCUGAGGAUGAUGUUAGAAAGCUUGUUGUGGACUCGCACAAAAAAUCAUGUUACCUUGAUCCAGUGCCAACAGAUUUCUUGGUGAAAUGUCUGGAUGUGUUACUUCCUGUGAUUACAAAAAUAAUCAAUAUCUCACUUGAAACUGGGCACUUUCCUAGAGACUGGAAGGAAGCUAUUAUUCUUCCCAUAUUAAUAAAGUCUGGGCUGGAGUCCGCUUUUGAAAAUCUUCGUCCCAUCAGUAAUUUAGCAUAUAUUUCAAAGCUUAUUGAACGAGCAGUAUAUAAUCAAACGCACGAUCAUAUCCUUCGAUGUGGCUUUUAUCCAGUUUUGCAAUCUGCUUAUCGGCGGUAUCACUCCACAGAGACUGCGUUACUCAAAGUACUCAAUGACAUUUUGUUGAGCAUGAACAGUCAACGUGUCACUCUCUUGGUUCUUCUGGACCUAAGUUCCGCUUUUGGCACAAUUGAUCAUGGAAUUUUGCUGGAACGGUUAAGGUCAAAAUUUGGAAUACGUGGAACAGUUCUCAGUUGGUUUUCUUCCUAUUUGUCUGGUCGAAGUCAACGUGCUAUGCUAAAUGGUACCCUUUCUGAUUCAUCUGAUUUGAACUUUGGUGUCCCGCAGGGUUCGUGUUUGGGGCCUCUUCUUUUUAUAUUAUAUGCCUCCAAACUGUUCGAUAUUAUUAACAAUCACUCGCCGGAUUUACAUGGUUUUGCUGAUGACACUCAGUUGUAUGUGUCAUUCAAACCUGACUACCCAUGCGAUCAAUGUGAAGCGAUUUCGGUAAUGGAAAGCUGUGUCAACGAUCUUCGGAAAUGGAUGAUUCAAGAUAAAUUGAAACUAAAUGACGGUAAAACUGAACUGUUAAUAAUUGGAUCUAAGCAGCAACUGCAGAAACUUAACCCAUGCCAUGUACGUGUCGGGAAUGCUGAUGUCCUUCCUGUACCAUGA